UGACAGCAUUCUGACAUGCGCGGUGAAUUUCUCGCCUUACAUAACCUCAAAGCGGAUGGUGCAGGAAGUUCGCGGUGUUUUGAGAAUCAGAUUCAAUGGAUUUACUCGUGAAAUUCAAGUUUCCACGCGAGGAGUACGAUGAUAGAGAACUCACCGAGCAGAAAAUGCUCGCUCUGCAGUAUGAAAUUAUCAAUGAUUGGAAGAAAAAGAAAGAAACGGACUAUUUAAUCAAUGGACCACCAGCUCUGGGCAUUGUUGGAGCACUGUGUGGUAUUUAUGUGAACAGUUACUAUCGUAGGAAAUUGAAAUUAAGAUCUUUUGGCAGAGGAACCUCUUACUUGCCAAUCGUUGUUCUACCAGCUCUUGUGGCUCCUGUGGUUCACAAAGUGAUGAUCCAGUCACACCUGCUUCUCAGGCAAUACGAUUGCCCUGUGUGCAUCCAAAUCCGCGCUGGACUGCUCCAGGCAGCCGUGGCAGGAGUAUAUCCAGCAAUUCUGGCUCCAUUGGCCAGCUUCAUGUUCGCUACGCGACACUUCACCUACAAACUCCCGUCCAUCACGCAAAGCCCCAUGGAAGUGUUUCAAUUGUGGAAAAAACUCACGCGCCCUAUUGCCCUGCCUCUCUUAGGAAUCUGCUUUGGCAAUUACUUAUUUGGCAUGUACAUCACUUCCAGGCAGAUAGAGGACUUCCACUCAAUCAUGAUACAAGUGGACAAGGCCACAUCUCGUCUAGAGUCUGGUCUAGAUGGGAAUGUCUCAUAAUGGACGCAGUGUGGCAUCAAAGUAAAUAAAUGUAGAAUUGUCUU